GUCUGGUGAUGUGACGUCAUGAGGCUGCGCCGCGCUCCUGUCUCUGUUGUGAUUCUUCUGCAGAAAGGACAAAGUAACCAAACAUAGGCAAAAGUGAGUGAGAUCCACGUGACACACUUUUAUAAAGAUGGAGUUUAUUAAAGAGGAGGGUGAAGAUGUGAGGAUUGAAGAAACAUUCAGAAUCAAACAUGAAGAUGAAGAUACUGAGGAACAAACAGUCCUGAUGCUGCUGAAAGAAGAGAAUGAAAUGGAAGAGAAAACCCAGUAUGAGCAAGAUCUUGAUUUCAUACCUGGAGAAAAAUAUUUUAUUUGCUCACAGGCUCAAAAGUCCCCAAAAAAGGAUUCUUCUCGAAAAAGAGCCCAAAAUACAGACACUAGAAGUCAUUUCACCUGUCAACAGUGUGGGAAAAGUUUCAGUAGAAAAGAAAGCUUUAAAGUCCACAUGAGAACUCACACUGGAGAGAAACCUUACACCUGCCAACAGUGUGGAAAAGGUUUCUCUCGAAAAGUAAGCCUUCUAGUUCAUAUGGGAGUUCACACUGGAGCGUCUCCUUUCACCUGCCAACAGUGUGGAAACAGUUUCACUCAGAGAGGAAGCCUUAAAAUGCACAUGAGGAUUCACACUGGAGAGAGCUCUUUCACCUGCCAACAGUGUGGGAAAAGUUUCAUUCGAAAAGGAGGUCUUAAAAGCCACAUGGGUGUCCACACUGGAGAGAAGCCCUACACCUGCAAACUGUGUGGAAAGAGUUUUACACACAAAAACACUCUCAAUUCCCAUAUAAAAUUUCACACUGGAGAGAGCUCGUUCAUUUGCAAUCUGUGUGAGAAGAGCUUCUCGCGAAAAGAAAGUCUUAAGAAACACAUGCACAUUCACACUGGAGAGAAGCCGUACGUAUGUUAUCAGUGUGGAAGAAGUUUCACACAAAAACCAACUCUUAGUACCCACGUGAGAGGUCACACUGGAGAGAAGCCUUACACCUGCAAUCUGUGUGGAAAGAGCUUCUCGCAAAAAGGAAAUCUUACCAUUCAUAUGAGAAUUCACACCGGAGAAAAGCCUUUUGUUUGUGUUCAGUGCGGCAAGAGUUACAGAAGUAAAGUAAACCUUAAUUCCCACAUGAAGAAUCACUCGCGAAAACUGUUCUAAACGUCAUCAAUGUGGAAAAUGUUUCACACUUACUCUUUGUCAGUGCCAGCUUCACCCAGCCUUCUGGCUCUGCUCCCUUCACUGAUUCCAUUGGGCUUCCUGGCUCUGUCCGUUUCGCCAAACUCCUCGGCUCCUUCCCUGCUAGCUACUCCCAACCUCCAGCUCUCCCUCGGGCUUCCCAGAUCUAUGGGACUCUGAGAGUCCCAUAGAUCUGCUCUACUAUCAGCUCUACUAUUUGGUAACAAACACUUUAACAGUUGGCCCUAAAUUCAAAUAUUUCUAAAUAAUAAAGGAAUAUUAUUGAAAAAUAAUGAAUUACAGAUAAAGACACAAGGUAAAAACUAGAAGAAGAAAAAUUCUAUAGAGGUUCUAUAAACUCAUUAAUAAUGUUUUCAAAGAAAUUUGCAAUAAUUAUAUAUAUUAAUUUUUUUUAUUAUAUUGUAAAAUAAAACGCAUGUAUUAAAACAACAAUAUUGUAACAAUACAGUAUGUACAUUUUCUUUUUUUAUAUAUGAAUUAUUAUUUUCAAACCCAGUAUCAGCAUUUUGGUGGGUUGCGAGUAAGUAAAGGCCUAUGCAGCACUGGUUUCGAAGCGUGUAAAUGAAUGAAAUGAAGUGAUCUCAAAUGAUGAUCUAAAAUGGUAAUUGUGAAUUAACAGCUGUUGGUAUGCAAAUGAGUGCUCUGAAAAUGAGAACACUUGUGUCCAUCCCUGUGUAUGUGUACUAAUACAUACUCAUUAAAUGUAUUCAAAUAAAAUACAAAAAUAUGGCUGUCAA